UAAUGAAUCAAAAACGAAACUUGAUAAACUAAAAGCAUCUGAUUUUCAAAUUUGCAAUUAUCAAAAUAUACAAGAAGACUUAUUUAUAAAUGAGUGGGAUAUUAUCAUAAUACAGAUUGAGAGUCUUUUCUGUAUUGGGUUCAUAGCCCGUCCAUUUGUAGCUAUUCUUGAUGAAGCUAUUGCUAUUAUGCAUCAAAUGUCUAGCAGUAUAAAUGCACAGGAAUCUGAGAAUGCAAUAUGUGAUAUAUUAAGAUCUGCGAGACAU